UGGCUCGCGAACUGGCUACGUCGAGGAUAGAUGGGAGUUCAGUCAGUAAGACGGAGGAGCUGUGGACACCAGGCGAUACCGGCACAUGUAAACGGAAAGGUCUGGAAAUCUGCUCUUACGCAACCGAAGAAAAAUACAAGACCACCGCGGGCUCAGCCUCAGAUUCAUUUAAGCGUCAAGGCAGCUGAAAGACACCUUUUUCCUCCUGAAUAGAGAAGAAGACUCUGCAGCCAUGUCUGUGAACAUCCAUGUCAACAGCCCCAAUGUGAGGUACACAGACACACACAUCACUGCCCAGUACUCCUACCAGACCACAUCAGUGCACAGAGAGGGGAACAACAUCACGUUGAACCCACACAGCACCGAGAUGACAUUCCGGACUGAGAGGACGGUGCCCCGGCUGGGCGUGAUGCUGGUGGGCUGGGGAGGCAACAACGGAACCACAGUGACAGCAGCUGUGCUGGCCAACAAGAUGGGUCUGACCUGGAGGACCAAGACUGGACUAAAGAAAGCGAACUACUUCGGCUCCCUCCUGCAGGCGUCUACAGUUUGUCUGGGGUCAGGGCUCGAGGGCGAUGUCAACGUGCCCUUCCGUGACCUCCUUCCCAUGGUGCACCCUAAUGAUAUCAUCUUCGACGGCUGGGAUAUCUCCGCAAUGGAUCUUGGCAGAGCAAUGGAGAGAGCUCAGGUGCUCGACUGGUCAUUACAAGAGCAGCUGCGACCGCACAUGAGCCGCAUGAAACCCAGACCUUCCAUUUACAUCCCAGAAUUCAUUGCUGCGAACCAAGAGAGUCGGGCUGACAACGUUCUCACUGGGAGCAUGGCAGAGCAGGUGGAGCAGAUCAGAGCCGACAUACGGGACUUCCGUCAGUCGAGCGGUGUGGACAAAGUCAUCGUUCUGUGGACCGCCAAUACUGAGCGCUUCUGUGAUAUCGUACCAGGGGUCAACGACACUGCCAAGAAUCUGCUAGCUGCAAUCCAGGCAGGAGCAGAGGUUUCUCCCUCCACUCUGUUUGCAGUGGCAAGUAUACUGGAGGGCUGUGCCUACAUCAACGGCUCCCCGCAGAACACUUUUGUACCAGGCGCCGUAGAGCUGGCCGUGCAGAAAGGGGUGUUCAUCGGAGGAGAUGACUUCAAAUCGGGUCAGACCAAGAUCAAGUCUGUGCUGGUGGACUUUCUUGUCAGCGCAGGUAUCAAGCCCACCUCCAUCGUCAGCUACAAUCACCUUGGCAACAACGACGGGAAGAACCUGUCAGCUCCUCAGCAGUUCCGCUCCAAAGAGAUUUCCAAGAGCAACGUGGUGGAUGACAUGGUCCAGUCAAACCCCAUAUUGUACCAGCCGGGAGAGAAACCAGACCACUGUGUGGUGAUUAAGUAUGUCCCCUAUGUCGGAGACAGCAAGCGUGCCAUGGAUGAAUACACGUCUGAAAUAAUGAUGGGAGGCACCAACACUAUCGCACUGCACAACACUUGUGAGGACUCUCUACUAGCCUCUCCGAUCAUCCUGGACCUGGUGAUCCUGACAGAGCUCUGCCAGCGCGUGACAGUCCGGCCUCAGGGGGAGCAGGACUUCCAGUCUUUCCACAGUGUCUUGGCACUGCUCUCUUUCCUCUGCAAGGCCCCUCUGGUCCCAUCAGGGACCCCGAUCGUGAAUGCCUUUUUCCGCCAGAGGGCUUGCAUAGAAAAUAUAUUGAGAGCGUGUCUCGGGCUGCCUCCUCAGAACCACAUGUUGCUGGAGCACAAGCUGGAGAGAAACUUCCUGCCUCCACACACGGCCUACACCAACGGCAACGUGGUCGCUUUGAAAAAAAUUGCCCAUACCAACGGGAACCACAUACCUCUAACAAACGGCUUCUCUGCACAUGUCGACAGUGCGGCACAUGCGAUAUGAUUCCAAAUACAACACGAUAGCCCAAGAUAGAACUGAAAGAAACACGGUUGUACACUUUGAAACUUUCCAUAACAAGACCAAGGGCCCUCAUUGAUCAAGCAAUCAAUUUGAAACAAACAUUUAGUCAACACUAGUUUGUAGACUCAACUUGAUUUUUUGGGAGAAAAUUUUAAAAUCAGAAGUAUUUACUGAGUCUAUUAACGAAUGGUCUGGUGCUGAAACAUUUGCAUAUCAUACAUGCAGUUAUGUCCAGUAGAGCUACUGAGCUUUAUAAAAGGCCCCUCGACUGCAAUAAUCUGAGUCUCCACACAGCAUCACAUUGUUGAAGGCAGGCAGCUUUGUUGAAAUAUGUUUUACAGAGUUUUUGAAACCAGAAUGAGUCAUGUAUUGAACAUUUUGAUAGGUAAAUACAGCGUUUUUUUCCUUCAUGUUGCUUGUAUCUUUAUCUCCUUGAUUAAGUAGUUUUCUGUGUGUUAUGCAAACGUAAAAUACAGUUAGAAGUAGGUCAAGAAAAGAUAUUAAGCAAGAAAAUGUGACAUCCAUCUUGCUUCCUAUGAAAUUGAAAUUAAUACUACUGUAUUUGUUGUUUGAAUAUACUGUACUGCUUAAUGAGUGAGUGGCAGCUUCUAAACUUACUGUAACUUUUGUUGUUGUAUUUCACUGCCUUUCUGUAAUCGUUCAAAAGUUUAUGUGUGAAGCUUUCUGACAGAAAAUAUGGAUACAGUUACUACUAUUUUAUUAAAAUUUAACAUGGGCUAUUUAUAUACUGUAAACGUUAAAAUAUUGUUUGUAACUAAACAUACCUGAGGAGUAAA